CUUCGCCGUGGUUUCGGUGAGCAUUCUUAACAACGUCUCGCUCAGUGAACAGGCACUCGACCGUCGGUGAAGGAGUGUUUCCAAAAUGACUGGAAAGACAUUUUAAGGGAAUAAGAGUAGACUGGAAACACAAGGGAAACGAAAAAGAAAGAUUAAAUAACAGAGCCUUCACUUCCUGCACUGUGACCUCAAACACCGGCUUCCCCUGCAGACUGAAUUCCUGUAGGUAGUAAAGAUCUGCAUCAGACUGAAAGAAGUGGGAAAAGAAGAGCCGGUCUCAACUCAAGCUGGUCCUUGAUGGACCAUUAAGUCUGUUCAGGCCUUCCGGGUAAAAGCGAUGUUUUUGGGAGCUGGAGGACGUAGCAGAGUGUGUGUGGGGCCCCUCCUGUCCCUCUUUCCCAGCACCCCUCCUGACAUGGGAUGCCAGCCCCCUACCUCCCUGCCCUGAGCUCACCUGGGGUGUUAUGAACAGCUACAGAGACAGAGGGGUCACUUGCACCUCCUCGGACCUCCUGGAUGGAGGGGGAGGAGGGGGAGGAGAGUUGCCCCAUCAAACUCCAUUUCGUCACACCCCCAAUGGCCACCCAGCUCUUGGCCUCACAGACCCGGCCAUGCAGCCACGCUUCUCGGUGCCCAAAAUGGGUGUCCGGGCUAGGAUUGCAGAAUGGCCGCCACGCCGUGCGCAGUCCAGGGAGUCACUGCUUGAAAACGGGCAAAUCGGCAACAAUAUAAUUUCCUCAUCAGUUUUGUCAUCGGACAUUGGGUUGGUGCGGGGAGGAGUUGCCAGGUUGCCAAGACGACGGUCAAAGGAUGUUGAGUUUAGAGGAGGAAUGUUUGGCGGGGAAAGAGGUUCACCUUUGAGCCUCAGAGUGUUUCCUCCUUUGAGACAGCGUUCCAACAGCGAGGUGACACUAAGUGAGCAAGACGAGAACGAGGUGGAGGUCCGUGGAGGUGGCGGGAUGGGGACCCUUUUCAGAGAGUACGGCAGCACCUCUUCCAUCGACAUCCAGGGCAUUCCCGAGCAGAGUUUCUUCGACAUGCUCACCCAGUUCCACCAGGAGAGGCCUGACCAGCGCAGCUCAGCACCUACACGCCUCAGAGAGCUGCUGCAAGCCCAAGACUCGAGCACACCCCUACCCUCUGCUCCCUCGCCUGGUCCCACAGGGGACGACAGAGGGACGGGAAAGAAAGAGGGCGCCGAGAGAGUGAGGAAAAAAAGUGGAGGGACGGAGUCCUCGCUGGGCACCUCCUCUUUGUUCAGGAAACUUCGGAGCUCUAGCCGUGGUGAUUUGGACGGAGGUAAAGGAGAGAGUAAUGAGGACGGGGCCUCCUACAAACCAUGGAUUUGCCCAAAGAGCUUUGUCCACUUUGAUGCUCAGAGUAUCCUGUUUGACCUCCACGAGGCGGCGGCUCAGCGGGGCUAUGCUGCCCAGAGGAGGAACACUGCCACCGGGGCGUCAGCUGCUUCAGUGUCCCUGUCUGUCUCGAGAUCCUCAGCUGUGACCGACCCUGUUUACUCUAGCAUUGAGGACCUCACCCUGAGCCUCGACCCUGGAUCCACUACACCCUCCCUUGGCUUGGCCUUGGAACCUCUGGACGGACCUCCUGGAGCCCACAACUCAAGCCCUCUGCUCCUUUGCUGCCCCCACUUCCUCAAUGAGACCGGGGGCCAUGGGGAGCGUAACAUUAGCUUCCUAAGCUCGUCAGCAGAGCGAAGCGCUGACAGAGGAGGAGACGGACUGAGGGGUUGGCUGAGGAAGAGUAACGCUAGCGUCUCAGUGCUGGAGGUUCCUAUUGAACAGCAGGUGACGAGACUGGACCGACUGAAACUGUACAGCAUAGAGCAUGUAGACCUGGGGGCCAGGUACUACAGAGACUACUUCCAUGGAAAAGAGCACUCAAACUACUUUGGGACAGAUGAUAAGAUGGGUGCUGUGGCUGUGAGCAUUCGCAGGGAGAAACUGGAAGACACCAAAGACCUGAAAGACCAGUACCAGUACCGACUCAUCGUCCGAACCAACGAGCUUGUGACCCUGCGAGGCUCCAUAUUAGAGGACGCGGUCGCCUCUACGGGGAGGCACGGCACAGUGCGGGGUCUGCCACUCAAGGAGGUGCUGGAGCAGGUCGUCCCAGAGCUCAGCGUCUCCUGCUUGAGACUCGCGGUCAGCGCGCCCAAAGUCACCGAGCAGCUCCUCAAAUUGGACGAACAGGGAUUAAGUCAGAAGCACAAGGUGGGCGUUCUGCUGUGCCGUGCGGGCCAGAGCACCGAGGAGGAGAUGUACAACAACGAGGGGGCAUCGCCCGCCUUCUCUGCCUUCCUGGAGCUGCUGGGGGAACAAGUGCUCCUCAAAGGAUUCACCAAAUACGCCGCACAGCUCGACACAAAGACGGACUCCACAGGCACCCACUCCCUGUACACCGCCUACCAGGGCUACGAGGUCAUGUUCCACGUGUCCACCAUGCUUCCCUAUAUGCCCAACAACCCCCAGCAGCUCCUGAGAAAGAGGCACAUAGGGAACGACAUCGUCACCAUAAUCUUUCAGGAGCCGGGAGCGUUACCUUUCACCCCCCAGAACAUUCGCUCACAUUUCCAGCACGUCUUUGUUAUUGUGCGUGUGCACAACCCCUGCUCUGAAAACACCUGUUACAGUGUUGCUGUAACGAGAAUGAAGGAUGUACCUCCUUUUGGUCCACCCAUCCCCAACGGUGUCACCUUCAGGGACCCAGAAACCUUCCGUAACUUCCUCUUAGCCAAAGUCAUCAAUGCCGAAAGCGCAGCGCACAAAUCCGAGAAGUUCCACACCAUGGCGACACGGACGCGGCAGGAGUACCUGCGUGACCUGGCUGAGAACUGCGUAACCAGUACGCCGCUCGACUCGGCCGGCAAACUUAACAACCUCAUCUCCCUCGCAUCCAAAAAACGCGAGCGCUCCAAAGCAAGAGAGGGGGCGGAGCUUGGAGCUGCGGGAGCCGUCGCCUGGAGGGUCCAGGCCCAGGACUUCAGUGGAGGUGGGACGGAGCUCCCCUGUGCCUUGGGCUUGUCAGCUGAGUACAUCCUCCUCACGGACUGUUCCACCAAAGAGGUUGUGUUUAACUGUUUCUGUGCCGAUGUCAUUGGCUGGACACCGGAGCGGCUGUCACUGAAGAUCUUCUAUGGCAGAGGAGACCACAUCGCAGUGCGAGUACCAGAGGGCUGUGCACAGGACAUCAGGGAGGUGGUGCAGAGGUUGAAGUCUUUGACAGUGGGAUGUGAGACGGUGGACAUGACUCUGAGGAGAAACGGACUCGGACAACUGGGCUUCCAUGUUCGCCUGGACGGCACUGUGGCCGAGGUGGAGGAGUACGGCUUUGCUUGGCAGGCCGGACUGAGACAGGGCAGCCGGUUGGUGGAGAUCUGCAAGGUGGCAGCAGUGACGCUGACUCACGAGCAGAUGAUCGACCUCCUGAGGACGUCGGUCACUGUGAAAGUGGUCAUCAUACCUCCGUAUGAAGAGGGCGGGCCUCGCAGGGGUUGCACUGAGGAGUAUGAGAUGAAGACCAUGGAGCAGAAGCCCGAACCUGAGCCUCUGGCGGCAGGAUACAGACCAUCUCCUCGCUCCACGUGGAGGUGGGACAGCCCACCAAUUCCUGCAGGGCUCCACAUUGCCCCCAACGCCCAGCGCUGGGCCCCCAUGGGUCCCCCGCCUCCUCCACUGCCGCGCUCACACAAGGCCAUUAUGUCUGUUCCCUACAGGGAGCCCCAGCACCUCAACUCCAAGAGGCCUGUGAGCUACCCAGAGAACCACUUUAGUCUGUCUCCUGCGGGGGGCGACAGAGUGCUGACCUACAGAAACCCCUCAGCCAGCUUCUCCUCCCCCUCCUCAGGCUUUAUCGGUCUGUCCACGAUGGGGCCACCUGGGAUCACACCAGGCCCCUUCGUACGCUACAAACCCUCACCUGACAGAUAUGGAACAGGACAGCGCCCCCUGCUGCCCUAUGAGCCCCACCUCAGUGUGGACAUGAACUCCAGUGGAGAGUCUUCCUCAGGCUUCACCAGUCAGGAGAGCACAAUGGAGCGCUGCAAAACAGAGCCCCUCUGGCAUGUCCCCGCUUCAUCUUCCCGGGGUCCGGGUGCUGGAGGAGGUCAGAGGAGACAAACUAGACAGGAUGUCCCGGGUAAAGACUCUCCAAACAGACACUCAAAGGGUGAGACUCAGUACUCCAGCCACUCCAGCAGCAACACUCUGUCUAGCAACGCCUCAAGCGGCCACAGCGACGAGCGCUGGUUCGAAGGAGGAGCCGGAGGAGAGCGAGGAGGCAGCGGGAGUUGUCUUAUCGACCCAGCUGACCCCGACCCAGACCUUCUCAACAAGGGGGGGUCAAACGACAGCGGCAUCGACGCCUCAACGCACUACAACAACGCUCGUCAGGGAAACGUGUCAAACAGCCAGUCGCAUAAGCCCAUGCACUCCUUCGUCACCUACAGCGGCAUGCAGGAGCUGUCUGUGGGGAGGAGCAGCGGCGGGGGAGAGGUGAGGAGAAGAGAGUCCUCCCCAAUCAUACCAGCGUCAGCCAACCAGAACAAAGGGUACCUGACGAGGACAUUCCCGCCUCCUGGCUCCAGUGCUGAUAAAAUGGAUGCUUUCAAACCCAGGGCCUACACACCACAGGGUUACAAGACUCCAGCGGAGAAAGCUCGGCCUAUCCGAGCAGCUACCACUACACCAACUUCAGCUCAUUUAAGCUCCACCCCUCUGUCCAGCUCCGCCCCCAAGUCCUCCUGGGCAGGGAAGAGCAGACAAACUGCCUGGCAGGGUGACGACAGAGGCCCAUCACCUUUAAAUGCAACGACAUCCAGUUCAGACAGCAACAGCAGCAAGAAGCAGGUGGAUAUGAACUCAAAGAACGUGUUUGGACAACCUCGACUCCGAGCGUCACUAAGGGACCUGCGUUCUCCGAGACGGACGUACAAAAGCACCAUCGAGGACGACCUGAAGAAACUGAUCAUCAUGGACAACCCUGGAGAGACACCACAAAGAGAUCCGUCUCCCAGACGGACUUUGCAGCGCACCUUCUCAGACGAGUCGCUGUGCAGUGGGCGCAGAGAGGCAAGCUUCGCCAACUCGGAGAACCAGACGACUCCCACUGACUUACUGUUCACCUGCACGCUGCCCACACGCAGACACAUGCAGAGCAAAAAGGUUCCUCUGUCGGCCUCAGAGCUGUCUCUCACAGAAGUAAGAGACAAAGUCCCCCCCCUGAGGAGGCUGGACCCCGGGCUGAUGCCUCUCCCUGACACAGCCUGUGGACUGGAGUGGUCCAGCCUGGUCAAUGCUGCUAAAGUCUACGAAGGUGAGGCCGGAGAGUCUUCAGGAUUAGCACAAAGAGCCGUCUCCCUCUUCUCGCUGAAUGAGCCACAGGCUGGAGGUCCGGACAUGAGACCAGCCGUCAGUCCAGUCCAGUUUCAGACUCCUCAGACUCCUCGGACCACGCCCACCUUCAGCUGCGACGAGGUGCCCAACGAAUUGUCUGGUCGGCUCUACCACCUGGAAGUGAUGCUGAAACAGCUCAACAAUGAUCUGGAGAGAGAGAAGCAUGAUAAAGUCGUCCUGCUCGCAGAGAUGGCCAACCUGAGAGAGAACAACCAGCGGCUGCAGGAGGAGAGCCUGACGGCCAGCGAGCAGCUCAGAAAGUUCAGUCAUCUUUACACAAACCCCAAGAGCGAGAGCGACCACGAGGCUCACUCCUUAACACACGAACAUGACCCAAAGAGGGAGUGACACCAGCACCUGCAGGAGGAGAGGAGGGAGAUAUUCAGGCCACAGAGGGAGGACGACUGUGAGACAAAUCCUCUUUCCUUGCACACACAGGGGCAGCAAAGGUCACCAUGAUGUCACCUCACACAGCUUCCACUGGACUGCCUUAAACUGUAGAGAGAGUGAGGGAAAAAAAACAACCUGAUUUUUAUAAUGCAACACUCCCCGAGCCUGUUCACACACACACACACACACAGAGCAGGGAGCCUCCCUCUCUGUAGUCUGAGCCUGUUUAUUUUUGUAAACUGAAGUGGAAAAGUCUUAUAGACCUGUCCUAUGUUUAAAUACUUACCUACUAUGCCAGAGGAGCGAGUGCAGGAGGAGAACCUGACUGUUUAAGAGACACUACAUCACCUGGAGAGGCCUAAUACUGUUUCUGCAGCAAAUCAGCCAAAAACUAAAGACUCAUUACAGACUGCAUCUCCCAGAAUGCACUAGAAGUAUGGAGACUCUACAGACAUGGUACUGUAGAUAGAUGAGGUACAAUUCUCAUGUAUCAAUAUGACCUUUAUUGUACUGAUAUUGUAUAACAGUCUUACUAAAGAGGUGUGUGUGUGUGUGUGUGUGUGUGUGUGUGUGUGUGUGUGUGUGUGUGUGUGUGUGUGUGUGU